AUGCCCGCCUACGGAAUCCCUGCUAUCACCGGCAAGCUGCGCAAGCGCUUGAUCCUCGACCUUUCCGUCGCACUCGGAGGAGGAACAGCCCUCGGCUACGGAUACUGGUACGGAGUGCACCUCCCCUCGGUUCAGAGGCGCGACGCCUACUACGCCAAGCUGCAGGCUUCUCAGAACCAGUAG